UUGAGUUUUUAAGGUUUUGUACACAUCACGACAGCGCAGAGACUGGUGAUCAAAACAUUUGGCGGGGAAACAAGAUGGCGGCCAAGCGUUUAAAGAUAGAUCAGGAUAGUAAUGGUAAAGUUAAGCGUGACGAUGAGCGGAAUACUACCACAAAGCUUGCCGAUGCACUCAUCUAUAUCGUCCCUAAAAAGAUUCCUAAAGCAAGGCUGCAAGUCUUAAACAAUCUGGCGCAGAAGAAAGGGUUUCUCCUAUCGGAACGUUUCAGUGAUUCAGUGACACACAUAGUCACUGGGUAUGAAACUGUGGAUAGAGUUCAUGCUUUCCUAGAAAGGCAGCCCGCAAGCAAUGUAGAAGUAGUAAAUCUUGAUUGGUUAACUGACUGUAUAACAGAAAACAAGAUUGUAAAUGUUACUGGUAAGGUCAGGAUCAAGUCAGUUGGGGAGUUAAGUUCACAGAAAUCCAGUGGUGUUGCAAGGGCAGAAAGCAAUAAGUUGGAAGAAACCUCACCCAAUGAAUAUCAGGACAACAAGUUUGUUUGUCAGAGGGCUACACCUUUGAAGCACCAUAAUACCAAAUUUACUGAUGCAUUAGAAAUACUUGAACGGCAUGCAGUUUAUGUGGACAGUACUCAAAGGGAUUCCAGAGCGCUUGCUUUCAGACGAGCUGCUUGUGCACUCAAGUCCUACCCAAAACAGAUCACUAGAAUCGAGGAGGCAUCCAAACUGAGCAGUGUUGGAAAUCAUAGCAAGAAAGUGAUACAGGAAAUUCUUGAAAAUGGUUCAUCAGAUGAAGUUCAAGAUAUCUUAAGCAGUGAAUUUUUCAAGACCAUGGAGGUAUUCUCAUCUAUUUAUGGAUGUGGACCUGCUACAGCUCGGAAGUGGUAUGAGAAAGGCUACCGCAGCAUAGCUGAUGUACAUCAUGCAGUGUCAGAUGGAAUGAAACUCACUGAACAACAGACCAUGGGUUUUAAGUAUCACAGUGAUCUGGUUAAACCUGUUCCAAAAGAGGAAGCUAUCAACAUCAAGGACAUAGUUAUUAAAGAGCUAUCCAAAAUUCAACCAAACUGUAUUGUGGAGUUGGUUGGAGGCUACCGUAGAGGCAAACUUUCUGGGCAUGAUGUAGACAUUCUGAUCACACACCAGAACAAUAGCAAGGUGGAAGGACUUUUACAUAAAUUGGUUGAAAGGCUCGAAAAAUUGGGUCAUAUUCUUCAUAAGGACUUGAUGGUAGGCCGUAACCCACACUUUGAAAGUAAAACUUUGUAUUUGAAGAGUGUCAAGGGAAUUGGUGAAGGAAGUCAAAGGCAGGGAGGCCAUAUGGACUCUCUUGAUCAUUGCUUCUGUAUGUUCCAAAUGGGGAAAAGUUUUGAAAAUGAGAAGGUAGAACAUUCAUGUAUGCAAACCACUGGUGAAGCUGACGAGACAGGCACAUCCACAGGUUCUUCUUCCUCUGAGCAGAUGGCAGCUGUGGUGAGGAGAGUAGAUUUGAUUGUGGCUCCACAUAAACAGUUUCCAUUUGCACUAUUAGGGUGGACUGGUUCUAAGCAAUUUAAUCGUUCACUGAGAGACUAUGCAUGGAAGGUAUUAAAAGUCAAAUUGUCUAACCAUGGAAUGUGGGAUCACAAACACAUUCCUGUUCGUCAAGUAGAGGCCACAUCAGAGCAGGAAAUAUUUCAUGAACUGAAGCUGGAAUACAGAGAUCCACAUGACAGAAAUGCUUAACUAAUGUUGAGACAUUUCAAUCUUUGAAAACAACAGUUGUUAGUACAUAGUUGUGAACCAUUUAGUGAUUACAUGCAAACAAUGCAGCUGGUCCUAACACCUUGAAAGUUACCCUGCCUUGCCACUAAAACAUUUCCAGUCAUCGCAAAUGUUGCCUUACCCUGCAAGUAAAGCAGGAAGAUUAGAGGCAACCCUCGUCAUCGUCAUCAUCAUCACUCGUUAAGCCCGUAGGUGUAGACCAUCUUAUGGUCCGCACAACCCCCCAUUGCAUGCCACCACUUUGGCCACAUUCACAAGUUAUCCCUUUGAACCCUAGUACCAAAUUCUUCUGUACAAAAUUACCCCCAAAUCAAACAUUGAGGUCAUGAGAAUAAGGAAAUGAUCACCAACUGAAGAAGCUCUUAAUUGUUAAACAAACUCUCCUUGACUGCAUCUAAAGAAAUGUAUAGAGAACAGUAGGGAGAAAAUGCUUAGUGAUGAUAGUGGACUAAAUAGGAUCAAAGUUUACAUUUAUUACCUUGAUGCUGCAAGAAAUUUCUUUGUCACAAGCAACAUUACAGGGGAAGGAAGGGGGGGCUUUAUGCUCAGAAUUUGUUGUGAAAUUUUUUUAAUAUAAUCAUAAAAUUUUUAGACUAGUUUCAAACUAUUUUUAUUGCCAGUUAUCACACUUUAUAUGAAGCUGUGUUGAAGCUGAAAAAAUAAACUCAGAGAGUAUA